GGCGAGAUGCUACGCCAUUGGUCUCCUCGUUUUUACCUUCACAUCGGAGUCACGAGUUCUCAGUUCGCGCAUAGCCGCCGGAGAGGAAGGAUGUGUUGUGUCGUUCGUCGCUUACCUCGACUCGACAAGACAGAGAGAAAUUAGGGCCGUGGUACAUCUUCAAGACGUUUGCGUGCGUCAAUCGUGUCUUAUCGACGUUUACAGGCUAAUCAAGCGGCUGACAAAUGAACGCACACCAUGACAUCCCGUAAAAACUUGGUCGUUGUAUUAACGAUAGUACUUGGGAUUCUCGCAGUUAACGUUUACGCCAGAUCUUGGGAUUUAGCGAUAGUGAUAGGGCGCGAGGUGGAAUUUUUGGCGCGAAAUCAGACGGUAACUGGACAGGCGAAAUUAGCGGAAGCUGUGACCCUGUCGGGGGUUGCUUACGAUGAUACCACUAAGACAAUGUAUUUCAGCGAUGUGAGUAACAACAACAUAACCCUGUUCAGCAAUGACUUGAGGGACAAGAAUUUCACGUUGAAACCACUGCUUAAAAAACACAACAAGAGCAGUUACAUUAUUGCCAUCGUCUUCGACACAAGCAGACGAACCUUAUUUUGGAGCGACCCCAUGCAAGGAGUGAUCAUGAAGAUGCACGUACCACUAGACGGCCCACCGGAUGAACCAACGAUCCUCCACAAUUUGACGCACCAGAGUCCGCGCGGUAUCGCUUUGGACGCAUGUAACAGUCACAUAUACUGGGUGAACAGCAAUAAUACGAAUCCAAGUAUCGAGCGGUCGGAUCUCGAUGGAAGGAAUCGAGUAACAGUGAUCAAGGAGAAUUUAUACGAGCCGUUGGCAGUCGCUGUUGAUCACAGCAACAAGAAGCUGUAUUGGAUCGACGAUGCGGAAGGCGUGAGGAUCAACAUGGAGCGCAGCAAUCUCGAUGGUAGCGAGCGUGAACUGUUGGUUCACCCCAAGAGUCAUCAGCCGGUGCAUCUGGCAUUGGACAACGACUCGAUAUAUUGGUCCGAUUUGGUGCACAGAGCCGUUUGGACUAUACCAAAAGACGCAAAACUUGGAGAUUUGCCGAGUAAAUUUCGUUCGUAUCAGUCGAAUCACGAUGCCGAGCCGGCUGGUAUCGUUACGCGUGAUAACCUUGGCAAAGCAGACUGCUCGGCUGGCGUGAAUGUAAAACCAAGAGCUAACCUGACGAUCGUGCAAAUCGACGAAAUGUCGUACAACAAUUUAACAACCAGCACGGAGGAAUCGGAAUCAACUACCGAGACGUUCCAAUACUGCCUGAAUGAUGGUCACAUCGACGAGAAUGAAGGAAAGUGCCAGUGCAGACUUGGAUUCACUGGAACGCAUUGCGAUGUAGAUCUCUGUCACAAUUACUGCUUCCGUGGCAGUUGUAACAUAAACAGUGACGGGUUGCCCACAUGUAGGUGCAACGACACAUUUACCGGACCAAGAUGUGAAACAGACCUGUGCAAGGAUUAUUGCUUGCACGACGGUCAGUGUUCCGUCCAAGAUGAGAAGCCAGUUUGUAAAUGUAAAUAUUCCGAGGGGGCUCGUUGCGAGAUUUUAAGCAAUAUUAAACUUUGUGAGGUGUUCUGUGCGAACACCGAGCCAGUUCCUACUAGCGUCGCCACUGCUAACUGCAGAUGCACCGAAAGAAAUCAAGCACAAAUGGUGACAGCUAAAGAGGAUAAUGAAUACAGAACGAUACUACCAAUUCUUAGUGUAAUCGUUGGAGUACUUAUUUUCGUGAUAGCCGUACUUAGUUAUUAUGUAAAUAAAUUUCGAAAACGGCCACGCAUUAAAAAGCGCUUUGUCGUCAGCAAAGGUGGUGUGACGCCACUUACGUCUCGGCCGCAACUGCCGGACAAUCAGUGCGAAAUAACCAUAGAGAAUUGCUGCAACAUGAAUAUCUGUGAAACUCCAUGUUUCGAACCAAAAUUACGUGCUGCAGCGCCAGAAACCAAUGGUUCUAAGAAAGAGGAGAAGAAUUCUUUGCUCGAUAACAUGGAGGAGAAUUCGUGGUAGCAUAAAUUGUUUGGAUGUGUCAAUUGACAAAGAGUUUAUGGACUUGAGAAAUUCGUGAAAAAUUUAGCUUUGCGGAACUGCACACGUUUGUAUAUACCGCAGAAUGCUGUAGUAUUAUUGUUAUGUUUAAUAACGAUGCUUACGAGAUGUACGAGAACACCUUGACGAUGUCAGUC